UGGGCUGAUAGCUUUAACUGCGGCCUCCAUUGUGCAAAUCUUACUCUCUCCUUUCUUGUUCUUUGCGCAAAUCAUUCUUUGUGACAUAAAUCGAUUCAAGUUUCUUUUACAUCCGGAUACAUCCAUCCAAUUUGAUUCAACUCUAUCCUCAGGGAUCUUACCGAAACAAAAAAACUUUAUCUUCUUGGACUGUUGAUAGAUAAAGUCAGACCAUCAUCGUCUUCUUUGCUGCUUGAUUUUUUCACCUCUAAAUUGAUGUCUAGCUUUCUCUUGGAAUAUUCUAAUUAAGGUCACCUGAUGGGUAUUCGAGAGGUUCCUGUUAUCCGACUCAACAAGUAAAAUUGAGCUUUGAUGGAAUGAACAUUCGCAGGAUUUUUGAUGAUUAAACAAGCUGGUCUGCUUCCAAAGUUAGGUUGAAAGAGAGAAAAUAAAUAAACAGAUGACUACGGUGAGCAAAGCGAGGAAUGUUCUCGAGGGUUUGGUUAGAGAAGGAUCAUUUAAAUGGUUGAUUAAGAACCGGACUCCAUUCGAUGAGGAUUUUGAAGAAAUGGGAGAGUCUUCAUCAUCAGGAAGGAGUUGGGUGUCUGAGCUUUCACCUCUAGCCAAUGUAGUUGUUCGUAGAUGUUCAAAAAUCAUGGGCAUGUCUACUAGUGAACUUCAGGAUAACUUCAAUGCAGAUGCUUCUGAUUCUAUUAAGCAUCCUCAGUGCUAUGCAAGAAAUUUGUUGGAGUAUAUUAGUUUUAGAGCUCUUGCUUUGUCCACACAAGUAAUUGGUUAUCUUGAAGACAAGAAGUUCCGACGGUUGACUUUUUAUAUGAUGCUUGCAUGGGAAGUGCCAGCUGCUUCCAGCCAACCCUUUACAAAUGUGGAUGAUGAUUUAGCUGUGGGUAUGGAUGCUUUUUGUCGAAUUGCAUCAGCAGUGCCUAUCAUUGCUGAUGUGGUCACAAGUGGUAAUCUUUUUGAGGUGCUUGCAUCUUCUUCGGGUGGUCGCCUUCAAUUUUCAGUCUAUGAGAAAUAUCUUAACGGAUUAAAAAGGGCAAUUAGAAAAUUCAAAUCCAAUUCAGAGUCAUCACUUCUUUCAAACUUAAGAUCAGAUAGAGCAGAGAAAAUCAUGGAGGUGGAUGGAACAGUUACGAGCCAACCAGUUCUUGAACACAUUGGAAUUUCAGCAUGGCCUGGGCGAUUGAUUCUUACUGAUCAUGCCCUCUAUUUUGAGGCCCUCCUUGUUGUAUCUUAUGAUAAUGCCAAGAGAUAUGAUUUAUCUGAUGAUCUAAAGCAGGUAGUUAAGCCUGAACUUACUGGACCCUUGGGAACUAGAUUAUUUGAUAAGGCCGUCUUCUACAAGUCACUUUCCUUAGGCGAACCAGUUAUUAUGGAAUUCCCGGAACUAAAAGGCCACAGUCGGCGUGAUUACUGGCUAGCUAUUAUAAAAGAAAUACUAUAUGCCCACAGGUUUAUAAAAAAAUUCCGGAUCACUGGAAUUGAACGUGAUGAAUCACUUCUGAAGGCUACUCUAGGAAUUUUACGGCUGCAAGCUCUUAGAGACUUGAGUAAUGUGAGUCCAGUUUGUUGUGAAACGCUUCUUUUGUUCAAUCUCUGUGAUCAACUUCCAGGCGGAGAUGUAAUACUGGAGACACUUGCAAACAUGUCAUCGUCCAGGGAAUUAGAACAAAAACAUGGUUCAAAAUCCAGAGGGAUGUACUCUAUUUCAGCUUUAACCAUGGCUUCCAAUUUGGGUUUUGUAUUUGGAACAAGUCCUCCCAUUAAUGAGGGUAGGCUUGCUGUGGGCGAUAUCUCUGUAGGAGAAACGACUGCACUGGAGAGAGCCAUUAAAGAAUCAAGAAGGAACCAUAAGAAGGUAGUUAUGGCACAAGCAUCUGUUGAUGGGGUCAAAGUCGAAGGCAUUGAUACCAAUUUGGCAGUAAUGAAGGAGUUACUUUCGCCUUUGGUUGUAAUAUGGCAGUGGCUUGUUUCUCUUGCAUAUUGGGAAGACCCUAUGAAAUCUUCAGUUUUUUGCUUAAUAUGCUCUUUUGUCAUACUCAGGGGAUGGAUUUGCAAUGCCAUUGCAUCAACUUUGGUAUUUUUGGUGGUGUUCAUGGCACUCUCAAGGUGUUUUAAUAACAAAGGGAUGGUUGAUGAGCUCAAGGUAAGUGUGCCACCAGUAAUGAAUGCAGUCGAGCAGCUUUUGGGAGUCCAGAAUGUGAUUACUCAAGCUGAAGAGAUAAUACAAGAUGGAAACAUUGUUCUUCUGAAACUCCGUGGACUGCUUAUGUCGGUUUCCCCUCAGGCAAGCCAAAAGUUCUCUUUUGCUCUUUUGACGAUGGCUUUGAUUCUGGCUAUAUUACCAAUCAAGUUUAUUGUAGUCUUCACUUUUCUUGGUGCAUUUACGUCAUAUUCUCCUUGGAGAAAAGAUAGCAGUGAUCGAUGGAUUAGGCGGAUGAGAGAAUGGUGGUUCAGCAUACCUGCAGCUCCUGUUGUCUUGGUUAAAGAGAAAAGGAAGCCAAAAAGAGGAAGUGAAGUCCACAUGGAGUGAUCAAACCAGACCAUGUUCUAUGAUGUAUUGAUUGAACAAAAGAUAGAUUAGUUAUGUAUAUAUAAAUGACUAAUACUAUAUCACCAUGACUUCUUAGGUUUGAUUCUUUGAUUGAACUGAAGGGUCAUGAUUGUGGGUUCUUGUAUUGGGCUCUGUGAUAUUUAUUGAAGUA